AUGAGCUCUUCGAAGGCCAAGGCCAAGGAGCUUGUGGACGUCGUGGCGGAAAAGGUCAACAAGUCGAUCGACGACGACAUCGCCUCUCUCAUGGAUUCCUUUCGCGACAUUGUGGGCCUGGCAGCUGUGAGUGCGAGUGCGAGUGCGAGUGCGAGUGCGAGUCAUGCGUGCGCUCUGCUCUGCUCUGCUCAUGCCUAGCGAGGCGAGGCGAGGCGAGGCGCAUACAUGCGGGUCUCUAUGCUCAUCAUCAUCAUCAUCAUCAUCUCCCCACCCGGCUGCACCCAACCCACACAUUGGCAGAUCAGGGACAAGGACGCGUAUCAAGCUACGCAGGAUGGCAUAGAGGCAGAGGCGAGAGCGCACAACAUGGUCAGUCAUCGCACCAGACUCGUGUGUCGCUCAGCCCUUGCGCGCGCUCUGCCUCUCUCCCUCCCCAUCCCCAUCUCCCUCGCCUUCCACCCUCUGCCUCUCACUGAAACCCGCUUGUGCCGCUCUCCACGCGCAGGUCAGAGCAGCUCAAUCAUUAACACUCCUCUCGCACGCUCUCAAGCUGUCCCUCGUCAACUCGCUCGAAGUCGUCGACAGCUCCUCUGCAGAGGUGCAACACCACUCGUCGAGCUCACACGAGACAAUAUCCACGUCCACUCACUUCGUCCCGACCACUGUAACCCCCAACGAAGAAGCGCGACGCUUGAUUUGUGCCACAAAAGAAGAGCGCAAAAAGUGUUUCCAGCUUCUCGCAUUGUUGGGCUUGGAACAGGUCUUUGAUGCUGUGGAGGUUGAGCAGGAAAGUGAGGGAGAAUCGCGCUCGGAUGAGGAGGUGGAGAGCUUCACCGGAGAUCGCGGUGCAGCAGCGAUCGCUGGACUCGUUAGCGCAGCGCAGCGGGAUUCUUUGGUCAUUGGGCAAGAUGCGGAGCCAGCAGCAGAGUCAUCAGAAAGUGUUCCUGCUCAGCAGCCAUCAUCCGCACCGCAGGCCGGUGCUUCCAACGCAAACGAAACAGCCGUGCAAAGCGGAACGCAGACAGCGCAAGCUGACGAUGUGAUGGCAGAACUUGACGAUCGAACCUCCGAAACGCUCGGAACACCGCCCAAAAGGUCAGACGAUGGCGAAGUGGAGGAAGAUGCGGAAAUGGAGGAUGUCGAAGUAGGUUGA